GGCCAGCCCAUCGGCUACUUUUUAGCCCAAAAUAUGAACGAUGGUUUUUCUUUUACCUCAAUCUCAUCAAUCACCGAUCCAACGUUUUUUUUUUCCUUGUGAUUUCCCUCCUGUUCUUGCCUGAUCGGCAAAUCUCCACCAAUAAAUAAAUUAAGCGACAAAGGCAGAUUCUGGCUCUUGACCUCCGACCUGAUAAGUAACAUCAAAGUUGUCAAUUCUGUUUUAGUUACAUAAAAGAGGAGGAUGAAUUUUGCAGCUUCUUUGUGUAAAAGAUUAACUGUUAGCAACCUGGUUACAAAAAUUCCUGUCUACAGUUCUGCAAGAGGGGAGCUUUUUACUGUCAUGUAUCUUCGUCGGGCAUCAUUGAUGUUACAUAAAUCAAGAAGGUCGUUUAGCAGCAGCCAUGAUAUUGCAAGCACCAUUGAUGAGCUUAAUAAGAAUGGGAAGAUGUCAUUGAAGAAUUCCAUGUUUUUAUGUAUCAAGAGACCCCAUAAAAAAAUUUUAUACCAGGAGAUGGAAUUUGUUUUUGGUGAAGCUCCACCUACAAGUCUUACUGGUUCCAGUGAAAGUCAACCUAUAUCCCAAGACUCAGAGUUUACACCUGUUGAAAAAAUAAACAUGGAAAUGGAAAAUGAAUCAAAACUGAGCCAUAUUAGUGUGAAAGGUGAAGCUCAAAUGGUGGAUGUGUCUCACAAGGAUAUUAGCAAGAGAGUUGCAAUUGCAAGCUGCAAAGUUAUUUUGGGGAAGAAAGUAUAUGACUUAGUUUCUGCCAAUCAGGUCGCAAAGGGAGAUGUUCUUAGUGUAGCAAAGAUAGCUGGAAUAACAGGAGCAAAACAGACCAGUAAUCUUAUCCCUCUAUGCCACAAUAUCAACUUAACUCAUGUUGGUGUAGAUUUACGAUUAAACCCUUGUGAUUAUUGUGUUGAAAUACGAGGGGAGGCUGCUUCAACAGGGAAAACUGGGGUUGAGAUGGAAGCACUGACAGCAGUUACUCUUGCUGGGUUAACUGUGUAUGAUAUGUGUAAGGCUGCAUCAAAACAUAUUCAGAUUACAGAUGUGCGAUUGGAACAUAAAACUGGAGGGAAGAGUGGGGAUUGGUCUAGGGAGAAGAAACAAUGAUUAUUUAGAUUAUGGAUGUUAGUGCUAAAACAUUUUUUCAACACCUUGGAUUAGGUUGUAGUAUCAUCAGAAAUUGUUCUUAGUGUUUUCGUUUGCUAAAUCGAAAAGAAAUACCAAACCCCUUAGAUAUAGGUGGAUUUAAGGUGUAGUUUAGGAGUAGGUUAGAUUUGCCGUUUCAAAAAAA